AUGCAGAAAUUGGACAACUUGGCUCACAAGAAAUUUGGAGGUUCACAUGAAUUUAUGGUUUUGCACAUGCACAUAAAAACCCUAGUUGCUGACCCAUGCUCUCUUCCUUGGCUGAUGGCAAGAGAUUUCAAUGAAAUUAUGAGCAACAAUGAAAAAUCUGGAAGGGUUCCCCGAGCAAUGGCACUUAAGAAUUUAUUCAGACAAACAAUGACUGAAUGUGAUCUCCAUGAUAUGGGGUUUGUGGGAAGUAUAUACACAUGGGCGAGCAAAUUCACAAAGGAGAGGCUGGAUAGGGGGUUUCAAUCCCCACAAUGGCGAAACUGGUACCCUUGUUCUAGGGUUGUUACACUGCCUCCAGUUGAAUCAGAUCACUCUCCUCUCCUAAUCGAGGUAAGUCCAGAGAAAAGAGUUUUCUGGAAGUCAACAAAGAGAUUUAGAUUCAAAGAAAUGUGGCAUGGACACUCUGAUUGUAUGAGUAUUAUCCAAAAAGGAUGGUUACAGCCUUUAUCGGGAAAUGGUAAGUUACAAGUGGGGAUGAAGAUUGGACAUACCAGUCAAGAUCUUAUGCAUUGGUAUCAACAUGUUUUUGAUGCCCAGAAGGGUGAAAUGAGAAUCAUUCAGGAGAAAUUGAAUGACUUGAUGAGGCAGCCUUUCUCAUCAGAUCAAUAUGAGGAGCAACAAAACUUGCAUGCAAAGCAACAAAACUUGCAUGCAAAGUUGAGCUCUUUGCUUGCGCAGCAGGAAACCUAUUAG